CGGCUCGACGCGUGUAGCUCGCGUUCGGAGGGUGGCUUUCUCUGGUCGACGGUCACGCGUCGCGGUGACAGCGAGGAGUGGCCGCAGAGAACGCGAAACGGCGCGAUUUAACCGCGUGUACGGGGCAAGUGCGAUGAAUUAUUACGGGGUUUAGUCGAUAGGCGUAGCACGAAGGGGGAAUCCCGCGUGACGCAGCAUCGUCAGGCGGUGAACGUAAAACGUCGGGAUAAGAACGGGCUGCUGUGCUGCUGCUGCUCACGGCGGCGGUGGCAGUGCUAGUGGUCGAACCGUGGCGUUGGUGGUUCCUUCCUGUCGCGGUGGUGUGGUGACCGUUGGUAGUCGAGGAUCGCAUCGUGGUGGUGGUGGUGGUGCUGUCGGAGUAGUGCUGCGCCUCGUUCGACGACGGUGGCGAGGGAAAGAAGGAAAAGUGGUCCUCGGGGUUACGAGGCCAGAGGAGAAAGUGGGUGUUGCCGGAGCGACAACGGGAGGAUCGUCCGGGGUCCUCGACGCCAGGACUCGGGGAACGGAGGAAUCGGUUUAGGAUGCCCGUCGUUCGAGAGCCGCCUGAUCCUCGUUGAUCGUGUGCCUCGGUGGUUGAGACGCUGAGGGGGUGGUGCAGGAUGGCAGAGACGAGGGGAGAAGCACGGGCAGACCCUGAACAGUGUUCGCGCGUGAAUCGUCGCGGACGAAGCUGGUCUUGGUGCGAUUAGAGGAGCUCCCGAAGGCGGACGAGAGGGGGAGGGCGGGCUCCCGGAAUCGCGGGGAUCGAGAUGAGCGAUCUACAGGCCACUCUCGAGUUCUCCCUCGAGCUUUGCAAGUUUUACAAUGUCGACCUGUUCCAGCGCGGGUAUUACCAGAUUCGAACCGCCCUCAGAGUGUCGCCGAAACUCCACGUCAAGGUGGAGGUUAACCAGCUGCGGAACCACUCGUUGGAGGCGCCCGGGACGAGCAAGCGCUUUCAGAUCCUCUACAGAAAUGAGGAGGUGACACUCGGCACCUCGGUCCUAUUCCGGGCGCACGUGCUCGUGCACAGUCACAAGAUCGAGGAGGUGCUCUCCCGCACCCACUUCAAUCUCGGCGUCGAGUUAUGGUUCAGCGAGCCGACGCAGCCUGAGAACAUGGCCUGCGUCUCGUCUAGGGCGUUGCAACUGAAUUUUGCGCCCACGAAAGGGCUUCACUAUCACCUGCCGGUGCUCUUCGACUACUUUCAUCUCGCCGCCGUGUCCAUCACGAUCCACGCCUGCCUGGUAGCCCUUCAUCAGCCCUACAUCAAGAAAAGCAUACUUCAUUACGUGCAGAGCUGUGCUCCGCGCGGAGGGAAGCCGUGGCUGCAAUUUAAACAAUCGACGGCGAACGGGGACAACAAUGCCGCAUUAGGAAAUAUCGAGACCACGACGCGAUGCGUCGGAUCCGCCACGAAGAUACAGCACGCGAAGCUGGUUCAACAGGAAGUGAUCAGGUUACUUUUGGCCGCGAGGGAAUCAUUGCUCAACGAUUUAGCUGAUCUGGCGCGGCUCCUGCCAUCUUGCCAGCAAAGGGUGCUUGAGUUCUUUCAGAACACGCACAAAGAAAUGAUCAAGAUGAUGGACACGGAGGAAACGGAUAUCGCUCAACUUUGCGCACAAAACAUUGUUCUUUGGCAACACUUUUUGGAAGCGUUCUCCGGACGCGAAACCGUUCAUCAGCAUCUCGCUAGAAUUCAUCACCAACUGAGGGUGAAACGUUUCGCAGAGGGUUUCUUCGUGCUGGAGAAUCCCAGGACGUCGGCGUGGGGCUGCUACGACGCGAAUUAUCAAUCAUAUCAGGCGGUGAGCGAGGCCGCCAGGAGAUCGCGAUACUUGGCGUCGUUGCCUCCUCUGCCUGUGCACUGUCCGGAACUGGACGGAGAUCUUCACUCGCUCCCGUUGAUCUUCGAGGAUCAAUAUGUCGACAUGAAACAAAGACACAGAAACAGCGUUCCCGGAAUGGACGAUUGUAGCUGCGGUUUCGCGGCGAUCCUGGAGUCUCGAUCGAUGGGAAUAUGGUCGCCCAGGAGCGAGGGGGCGGCCCAGGACAUCGCGUCGGUCCAGGGCCGUCUAACGUUGACUCCAUCCACGCUGCCCGCCAGGCACAGCAAAUCCUUGGACCAGUUGGGUCCGGAGAUCGCGCCGGUGCAGCCGCGGACGUCGCCAAAGACGCUUCCCAGAUCCGUGUCAACGCAGCUGUUCCCUCGGCAGAGAGGUGGUGCUCGAAACGCCACACCCCCAGCGACGGUCCCCUCGAGAGGGCGCCAAAGAUCGGCAACGCCAUCCAGCAACACUCUGUUCCCGCCCUCGGAGCAGCAAGCGUGCUCAGCACCGAACCCGUCGCUGGGCUCGACGCCUGUGGUCCCUUUGCCGCGCGCGAAAUCCACGCAGAUGCUGGUGCUGAAUCGUCAUCAGCAAUCAGACCCACAGAUCACCUCCAUCACGUCGCUUCUGGCCGCCAUGUUCCCGGAACUACCACCGGAUGGGCAGCUGCCGGGCUACCGGCCGUCCAGCAAAUCCUGCGAGCAGACACUGACCGUGCCCACGUGCGUGGGAGGGAUGGACCUUGGUCCCAUCACCGACUGCUGGACGGAGAACAAGACUGCAAACGUCACCGAAGAAUUUCUCCUUCCAGAUUAUCACUCGUUGGACACGAGAAGGAUCCGUUUGGAGCCGCGGAGCCAGCGGCUAGCGGCCCGCCAGCAGCUCUCGACGAACGCCAACGAUCAGAACAGCUUCCUGCCCGGGAAGACGAGCAUCAACGGCGACGGGUUCCCGCAGGAGCAACCCCUGCACACGGCCACCCUCGAUAGGGUCACGUACCGGGGCAACUCGAGGAAGCAGAGCCACCAGACCGCCGGCAAAUACAGCCAAACGAACGGGAUCGAGUCGCGCAGGUUCCACACGAUCGGGAAGACCGGGUUGGGACAGAAUCACCGGAACCGCGAGAUCCAGGAGUCGAUGAACGGUGGCGGUCUGCCCAACAGCCACUCGUUGAUGGUGGAUCCUCUGUACAAACGAUCCAAUUACUCUCCAACGACUACCGACUCGUUCUUCUACCGCACGAACGGCACCAGCGGACGGACGCACUCUGAGCACCCGGAGAGGCCCAGACGACCCAAGAGCACCGAGAGACUGGUGGACGAGGUGAAUCGUACCGAGUACACCGACUUCCGCAGAGAGAGGACCAGGAGGAGGGACGAGAGGCCAGGUGCCAAGUCGCCGCGCAACGGAGUGUCGCCGUGCUACAUCGACGACAAGCACAGACGCCAGCCAACGGAUGACAAAACCGAGCUGGCCAACGAGGUCUUCUACAAGGUGAUGCACGCGAUGUCGGAGCCGAAGAAGGAGCAACGGACGGAGAGGAGGAAGGACAGACACGGAAGGAGGCCGCACUCCGCGCCAGUUUUGGACGUGGAGCAUCCAGUCGACGAGGGCAGGAAGUGCAAUCACAGAACCAGAAAGCCUGCUCCACCGCCGCUCGCCUACCAAGACCCGGCAGUCGCGCCGCUCCCAAAGUACCGCCAUCCGCCUCCGGCACCCACUACUAGUGUCCUGGAGGUGGAGAACAACAAUAAAAUUAUUCUUAAGAUCGAGCCCGUCAAGUCCCCCGCAGAAGCGCCAGCGACCAACGGCACCACGCCGUCCGACACGUCCAGCACCGGUGGACCGCCGCCCAACACAAAAAGACUGAGAUGCGCCAGCGUGCCGGUGGCGCAGAACAAGGUCGUGGUGCCACGGAGCGCGGUGUCUUUGCCUUGCAUGCCGAUACGCGACAGCAAGGACAGCCUUAGCAACAAUCUUCCCGUCAUUCCAAACCCGAACAGCCCGCCGUCCAGCAGACCCAGCAGCCCGACCACCAGCUCCAGCUCGAGCAACCUGACGUCCGAGUGUUCCGGCUGGGUAAGCAGCGGUGACACAUCUAGCUCGGAGCAACGUCGUAACGCGAAGCUCUCCAGCGAGCAACUGCGUCAGAAGCUCUCAAAAAUAGUACCCAGGAAGGAUCGACCACCCGCCAAGGAGAACGUGGAGGAACACUCGUACGAGGAGGUCCGGUUACCGCCGCCGAAGAUGUUUCAGGACGAGCCACCGCCGCCGGAAGAGUUCCGCGAUCCUCCACCGGUCAUCGAUAACCCUCUGUAUCACGUUUACGAGACGGUGAAGCCGCUGAGGAGCCCGAAGCAAACGAAAACAGCUCCGUGCAGCCCCCAGAAGAACAGAGUCAGAGACAGGGACAGGGAGACCGCGUACGGGGGCAGGGACAUCUGCCUGGACUGCUACCAAGAGGGCAAGGAAUUGUUGCAAUCGACCCAGGACGACUCGAUCAACUUCAAGAAGUGCAAGGACGAGUUCAAGCGACAGAUGAGCUUCUCCGGAAAGAUCUACAGAGAACGCAAGGAAGCGCAGAUGCGUUUCCAUAAACGUGCCCAUUCCCUUGGAUACGGUGACCUUCUGACCCCGUCGUCGGUUAAACCCCUAAGAUCCAAUGUGCCUCUUAGUGACUAUCCAACUCUGGCCUCGACCAUGCCGUACUUCCACAUCAGUAACGAGUACCGGCUACUCUCGCCGGAAGGGGCGCACUUGAUCAUCUGUGUCCACGGUCUCGAUGGCAACCCCGCCGACCUACGUCUCAUCAAGACUUACUUGGAGCUCAGUCUUCCUGGGGCCCAUCUAGAUUUUUUAAUGUCCGAGAGGAAUCAGGGUGACACUUUCUCGGACUUCGACAGGAUGACCGACCGUCUGGUAUGCGAAAUUCUCCACCAUACCGUGACCUCGGGCCUGAACCCGACGAAGGUGAGCUUUAUCGGACACUCUUUAGGGACCAUCAUCAUACGGAGUGCUCUGACCAGGCCCGAAUUGCGCCCACUUCUGCCGCGUUUGCACACGUUUCUCAGCCUGAGCGGACCACAUCUGGGCACACUCUACAACACCAGCGGAUUGGUUAACGCAGGUAUGUGGUUCAUGCAGAAAUUGAAGAAGUCCGGCUCGUUGCUGCAGUUGGCCAUGAAGGACGCGUCGGACGUCAGGCGGUCCUUCAUGUUCCGCCUCAGUCAGAAGAGCAAUCUCGAGAAGUUCAAGCACGUUCUUCUGUGCGGCAGCGCCCAGGAUCGUUACGUGCCGCUCCAUUCCGCGCGGAUCGAGCUCUGCAAGGCUGCCGUACGGGAUACGACCGAUCAAGGGGCAGCGUAUCGCGAGAUGGUGCACAACAUCCUGUACCCGGUGAUGUCCACCAGCGGGGUGAGCCUGGUCAGGUACGACGUGCACCACGCGCUCCCAGCGACGGCGAACGCCCUGAUCGGCCGAGCCGCGCACAUCGCCGUCCUCGAUUCCGAGCUCUUCAUCGAGAAGUUCCUGCUAGUGGCGGGCCUGAAGUAUUUCAGAUAAGGAACGGACAGCCUAGCGACUAGGCAGAAGCCAGUUAGGGACGUUGCGUAAUAGCGUGAUAGAAGAGGAUCCUCGUAAAUUCUCCGUGACGUCUACGAUCGCGUUAGGGUUAAUUGCUCGUUCUUCUUCCCGCGACGAGCGUGAGCGGGAUCCUGUUUCGCCCGGUUGCGCGAACCGGAAGCGAGGCAGCUUCUGCACGGGACACGAUAGACGAACUUCGGUAAACGUCGAUCGGUUUUGGGCGCCGAGAUCGCCAGCCCCGGGAAACCAGCGCGCGUCUCGCAUAAUCAUCGACCAUUCAUCGAACCAUCGCGCGAUCGAAACCAAAUGGACCUACGCCUGUCAAACUGGGCCUACUCGCGGCUCGUGUCCGUGCUUCUCUUCGAAAGAUGGAACCGGAAGGGGUCGUUCGACAGCGUGAGGGGGUGGCUCGAUGCUGUCGGACGGAGUUUGGGGGUUGUAGACGCGAAGUUUCUUCAGAAAUUUAUUACAGCGAAACUGUCACGUUCGUGAUUGAUUUUUGUUUUAUCGGAAGGGUGAGUUUCAAGAUGGUUCAAGAUGGCCGCUGACGCUAGGUUUACGGAAUUCGUUGGAUUUCAGACUUCUUCAAAUUACAGAAAUCGUAUUAUUUUUUAGCAAUUUUAAAUUCCAUUAACGUAAUGAAUACAUAUCCUACGUACGUAUUUUAAUGUACCUAUAGGUACGACAGAUUUCAAUAGGAAUAGGGACACGAUGGAUGCCCGUAAAUCUAGCGUUUGAGAAGGAACGUUUACGAUCCGGUUCGAACAAACAAUCUUAUAGGCAAUAAGUUACGAAUGUUUAUAUAUUACGUUUCGAACAUACCGAAUGACUAAUGGUAUAAGUGCGAGACACUUUUGUUUGAAUCGUAUCCGUAAUAGUCCCGAACGGAAGAAAAGACGAACGAAACAAAAUUUGGGGGAAAUAGUAGCAAUAAUUCGCUCUGUAAGUCGUAGCUUGAUAACCAGUUCGAACGAGAUAUUUUUUAAUGAUCCCCGACGUGAUCGAGCCACACUUCGCAGCUGUCUCGACGAAAUCAUGUAUCGAGUUUUCGGCCUAUCGCGAAAGCCCGGGGCUGGACGAGCAGAUCGCCAACGCGUUGGAUCGUCUUUGAGAGUCCGUUUCGGAAAACCGUAUAAACGCGAAACGAACUCGUGUCUUUUUCUGUUUGUAUUUUCUUUUUCUUUCUUUUCUUUUUUUUUUUAAAUCGAGAAAACAGGGACGUCGAAAAAGCGUCUAGGGUCCGGGCAACGGUUUGCCCGGACGCUAGGAAAGUUACAAAAACGUAUGUCAAUUGUUACUCUCAGAUAAGUAUGAGUGCGUGCGGUGUGAGGAGCAUGGAUGAGACGCGUAAUGAGAGAGAG